AUGUCAGUGCCUUCGCCUUUCGCAUCGCUUCAACAAACUGCGAUGAAAGAACUUUCGAAAUUCACCGGGGAACCUGACCAAAAAGUGACUCAGUUUGUUGAUGCUAUCGAACAUAUCGGCAGUUUCACUGAAUGGACCGAACCCGCCUUGCAUACACUUGCCACUAUUAAAUUAGGUGGAUUGGCUUUCAACUGGUACAAUAACAACAAGGAUACCUUACGUACUUGGCCUUUCUUGAAGGCUAACCUGUUAGAACGUUUCCAACCGUCUAUAUCGGUUACCAAGACUCGCUUGAAAACGCGUCGUCAACAAACAGACGAAUCGCUCUCCGCCUUCUACGACGAUAUUAUCGAGUUAUGUAAACAGGUGGAUAAGGACAUGCCAAUCUAUAUGAUUGUCGACUACCUACAGGAUGGCGUUCGGGACGAUUUGAAGGUGCAUAUUAAACGUCGUAUGGCAACCAUGCCGGAUGCACCAUCACCGGCCCUAUUCCUGAAAAUCGCCCGUGCCGAAGACGAAUUACAAAAGGACGUCUCUUCGGUUGCACCUCCCUCGUUGUUCUCGCAGCCUUAUUUCGGUCACGUUGCCGUCGCUACUAAUACCUCCACGGCAGUUCCUCAUCAUUAUCAUGCUCCGACUACGUCUACACCCGCUCCUAGGGCACCAUUUCGCAAUACCCCCCCUAACUCGGCUCCACGGUACCGACCCUGUUUAAUCUGCAACAAAACGAAUCAUCGUACCAUUGACUGCUCCGGCAAACAACCGAGUGGCUGUUUCAAGUGUGGUGAUCCUACUCAUGUGAUCCGCGCUUGUCCACAGGUUUUCCAAUAA